CCACAAAAGUGUCAAAGUGGAGGCUUGUUGCCAAUGUCAGACCUAUCUUCCCUUGAAUUAAGGGACAAGGAAGUGUCAUCCUCUUCUCAGAAGAGCAGGGAAUCCAAUGAAACUGCAGAAAUGGAUGAUCCGGAAAAGACACUGCCACAGGUUGCUCAACUUAUUGAUCAGCUGCAUCUGAAUCAAUCAUCUGCACACGAAAAAGAACUUACCACAGCACGUCUUCUAGGCAUUGCUAAAGCAAGGAAAGAAGCACGGCGUCUUAUUGGUUCACAUGGCCAAGCAAUGCCACUGUUCAUAUCAAUUCUCAGAAAUGGAACUCUUUUUGCAAAAGUCAAUGUAGCUUCAACCUUAACUGUAUUGUGCAGAGAUGAAGAUAUACGGUUGAAGGUGCUUCUAGGUGGAUGUAUUCCUCCUCUACUUUCACUGUUGAAGUCAGAUUCACCUGAAGCAAGGAAAGCAGCUGCAGAAGCAAUUUUUAAGGUGUCACCUAGUGGGGUUUCAGAUGAUCAUUUUGGCAUGAAAAUAUUCAUUACGGAAGGUGUCGUACCAACUUUGUGGGAGCAGCUGAAUCCAAAACAGAAGCCGGACAAAGCAGUGGAAGGAUUUGUUGUUGGGGCUUUGAGAAAUCUCUGCGGUGAUAAAGAUGGACAUUGGAGGACAACACUAGAGGGUGGCGGAGUUGACAUUAUUGUUAAACUUCUUUCUUGUAGUAGUGCUUCCACUCAAUCAAAUGCAGCUUCUCUAUUGGCCCGUAUGAUGUUGGCGUUCAGUGAUAGCAUCCCAAAAGUAAUUGAUUCUGGAGGAAUCAAAGCUCUCUUUAGCCUCUUAGCUCAGCAAGAUGAUGUUUCUGUACGUGCCAGUGCAGCUGAGGCUUUAGAGGUUCUGACUUCAAAAUCAACCAAAGCAAAGAAAGCUGUUGUUGACUCACAGGGAGUCACAGCACUGAUAGGAGCUGUCAUUGCUCCUUCUAAAGAAAAAAAGCAAAGUGAGGAAGGAGAGAAACUUCAGCAGCUUGUAUUUGCUCCUUCUAAAGAAAGAAAGCAAGGUGAGGUCGGAGAAAAACUUCAGCGGCAUGCAAUACAAGCUUUAGCCAAUAUAUGUGGCGGAAUGUCUCCUCUGUUACUAUAUCUGGGUGAGCUUGCGCAGUCCCCAAGGUUAGCUGCUCCGGUGGCUGAUAUAAUCGGAGCACUUGCUUAUGCUCUUAUGGUCUUUGAGCACAAUGCAGAAGAAGAACCAUUUGAUGCGACAAAAAUUGAGAAUAUUCUUGCAAUGCUCCUAAAGCCACGGGAUAAUAAGUUGGUUCAGGAGCGUCUUCUUGAGGCUAUGGCAAGCCUUUAUGGCAAUGCUUAUCUGUCAAAACGGGUCCAACAAUCAGAAUCUAAGAAGGCUCUUACUGGGCUCACAACAAUGGCAAGUGGUGAUGCACUAGAGUAUUUAAUACUAUCCCUAUUACGUUUAUGCUGUGAUGGAAUGACUGUUUGGGAAGCAAUUGGAAAGAGGGAAGGAAUUCAGUUACUGAUAUCACUGCUGGGUUUAUCCAGUGAAAAGCAUCAAGAGUAUGCUGUUGAAAUGCUUGCAAUCCUAACUAACCAAAUCAACGAGAGCAAGUGGGCAAUCACUGCUGCUGGUGGGAUCCCACCACUGGUCCAAUUACUAGAAAUGGGGUCUCAAAAGGCUAGGGAAAAUGCAGCACUUAUUAUUCAUAACCUUUGCUGUCAUAGUGAAGACAUUCGUGCCUGUGCUGAAAGUGCUGGAGCUAUACAGGCGUUAUUAUCGCUCCUCAAAAAUGGUGAAUCAAAGGGGCAAGAAGCAUCAUCUAGGGCUUUAACAAAGCUAAUCACAGCAUCUAAUCCAGCUACCACUAAUCAAUUGUUAGUGUUGCUCCUGGGAGAUUUACCAAGCUCAAAGGCCCAUGUAACUGAGGUGUUAGGUCAUGUGCUUACCUUGGCAUCUCACAGUGACCUUGUGAAUAAAGGUGCUGCAGCUAACCAAGGGCUAAUGUCGAUAGUACAUGUUCUUAAUUCCUCAAAUGAACAGACUCAAGUAUGUGCUGCCUCUGUCCUGGCAGAUGUAUUUAGCACUCGACAUGAUAUUUGUGAUAGUCUCGCUACAGAUGAAGUGGUUAAUCCUUGCAUGAAGCUUUUGGGUAGCAAUUCUCCAGCUGUUGCAACACAAUCAGCUCGAGUCUUGCGUGCUUUAUCCCGUGCAUCAAAAGAAAAAUCUACAAAUAAGAUGCCUUAUAUUGGUGAAGGGCAUGUAAAGCCUUUGAUCAAGCUGGCCAAAACAGCACCCAUUGAUUCUGCAGCUACUGCAAUGGCUGCUCUAGCCAAUCUGUUGUCUGAUCCAGAGAUAGCUGCGGAAGCGCUGCAGGAAGACGUUGUUUCAGCUUUGACAAGAGUCUUAGGAGAAGGGUCGUCAGAAGGUAGGAGAAACGCAUCACGUGCCCUUCAUAAGCUAUUGAGGCAUUUUCCCGUUGAAGAUGUAUUCAAUGGAAGUGCUCAAUGUCGAUUUGCUGUUCUAGCUAUGGUGGAAUCAUUAAAUGUGAUGAAUGUUGAUGGUACUGAUACUGCAGAUGCUUUAGACGUUAUUGCACUUUUGACUAGGACAAAACAAGGCACAGAUUCCACUUACCGUUCAUGCCUUGCUGAAGUUCCAUCUAGUUUAGAGCCUCUUGUACAUUGCCUUUCUGAGGGAUCUUCCCUUGUCCAAGAUAAGGCAAUAGAAAUUCUAUCAAGGCUUUGCGGAGAUCAACCAGUUUUUCUGGGUAACCUGUUAUUAUCAAAAUCAAGGUCUAUCGGUGCAUUGGCUGAUAGAAUAAUUAAUUCUUGCACUCUAGAAGUAAGAGUUGGUGGAACCGCAUUGAUCAUUUGUGCUGCCAAGGAGCAUGAACUUCAGUCAAUGGAUGGACUUGAUGCAUCUGGUUACUUGAAACCUCUUAUAUAUGCAUUAGUUGACAUGAUGAAGCCAAACUGCACUUGUUCUUCCCUAGAAAUUGAAGUCAGAACCCCUAGAGGCUUCACAGAAAGAACUCCAUUUGGAGAAGGAAAUGAGUUUGAAGCUCCUGAUCCAGCAAUAGUUUUGGGGGGUACAGUUGCGCUUUGGUUGCUCUCAAUAAUUUCAUCAUUUCAUGUCAAGAACACAUCCACUGUAGUGGAAGCUGGGGGACUUGAGGCCCUUGCUGACAAGCUUGCAAGGCAUGGUUCCAACCCACAGGCAGAAGAUGCAGAGGGCACGUGGAUCAGUGCACUGCUAUUAGCUAUUUUAUUCCAGAAUCCAAACAUUAUAUCCUCUCCAACAAUCAUGCGCAUUAUACCUUCGCUUGCACUUCUUCUGAAAUCAGAUGAAAUGAUUGUCCGACUUUUUGCUGCUCACGCAAUAGCCAGUCUUGUCUGUCAUCGGAAAAAGGGAAUAAAUCUUACUGUUGUAAAUUCAGGUGCAAUCACUGGUCUGAUAAGCUUGAUUGGUCACAUUGAAAUAGAUAUGCCAAAUCUUGUUGCUCUAUCCGAAGAAUUCUCAUUAGUAAGAUACCCAGAUCAGGUUUCUCUGGAAGUCCUCUUUGAAAUUGAGGAAGUGAGAGUUGGUUCCGCUGCACGCAGAACUAUCCCUUUAUUGGUGGAUCUGUUAAAACCACUUCCAGAUAGAGCAGGUGCCCCCCCAUUAGCUGUUCGUCUUUUGACUCAAAUUGCAGAUGGCAAUGAUGAAAACAAAUCAAUUAUGGCUGAAGCUGGCGCACUGGAUGUUCUAGCAAAGUACCUAUCUUUGAGCCCUCAAGACUUGACCGAGGCAACUAUUUCUGAACUACUGAGAAUUAUAUUUAGCAAUUCUGAUCUUAUUCAACAUCAAGCUGCAGUUAGUUGCUCUGUUCAACUGAUUGCUGUCCUUCGUUUGGGGUCAAGGAGUGCAAGGCUGAGUGCUGCUAGUGCUUUAAAAGAACUCUUUGAUAAUGAGAAGAUUAGAAAUUCUGCAGCAUCAGUUCAAGCAGUUCAACCUUUGGCGGACAUGCUUGAUGCUACAUCAGAAAGUGAACAAUAUGUUGCCCUUAGUUCCUUGGUCAAGUUGACUUCAGGGAAUGAUUCAAAAGCAGCAGUGAUGGCUGAUUUAGAUAGGAAUCCUCUUGAGAGUUUAUACAAAAUUCUGUCUUCAUCUUCUCCGAUGGAACUGAAAAGUGAUGCUGCUGAAUUAUGCUUUGUACUUUUUGGUGAUCCAAAUAUCAGAAUAUUGCCCAUUGCUUCUGAGUGCUUAGAUCCCCUUGUCCUGCUUAUGCAAUCAGAUGUGGAAAGAGCCGUGGAAUCAGCUGUUUGUGCUUUCGAGAGGUUGUUAGAUGAUGAGCAUCCGGUGGAUCUUGCAUCAGCAAACGAGCUUGUUGGUAUUCUGGUUCAUCUGAUUUCUGGAUCAAACCAUCGGCUCAUUGAAGCGAGUAUUUUUGCACUUAUUAAGCUGGGCAAAGACCGAACUCCACGCAAGUUGGAUAUGGUGAAAGCAGGAAUAUUAGAAAAUUGUCUUGAGCUACUCCCUACUGCAUCCAGUUCCUUGUGCUCCACAAUUGUAGAACUCUUCCGUGUCUUGACAAAUAGUAGUGCUAUUUCAAAAAGUCCAUCUGCUGCAAAAAUCGUAGAACCUCUUUUUACGGUUUUGCAGCGGUCAGAUUUUGGAUUGUGGGGACAGCACAGUGCGUUGCAAACUCUUCUAAAUAUUCUAGAGAAGCCACAAUGUCUUGCAACUCUAAAACUUACUCCUAGCCAGGUCAUUGAGCCUCUGAUUUCCUUCCUUGAAUCCCCAGCUCAAGCUAUCCAACAGCUUGGCACCGAACUGCUAUCCCAUCUCCUUGCACAAGAGCAUUUUAAGCAAGAUAUAACAUCAAAAAAUGCAGUAGUGCCCCUAGUGCAGCUAGCAGGCAUUGGUAUCUUGAAUUUGCAACAGACAGCAAUUAGUGCUUUAGAAAGUAUCUCAUUAAAAUGGCCAAAUGAAGUUGCUGAUGCCGGUGGCAUUUUUGAGCUUUCAAAGGUUAUCGUUCAAGAUGAUCCCCUACCUCCUGAUACAUUAUGGGAGUCAGCAGCUAUGAUUCUCUGCAAUGUCAUACAAUCUAACGCUGAUUAUUACCUCAAGGUUCCCCUGGUGGUUCUUGUAAAGAUGCUGUAUUCAACGGUGGAGAGUACUGUUACUCUUGCACUUAAUGCUCUGAUAGAUCUUGAAAAGACUGAUCUAUCUAAUGGUGAACUGAUGGCUGAAGCUGGUGCUGUAGAUGCUCUUCUAGAUCUGCUAAGAUCUCACCAGUAUGAAGAAGCAUCAGCAGGACUGAUUGAAGCUCUAUUCAACAACGUCCGAAUACGAGAAUUGAAGGUAUCUAAGUAUGCAAUAGCACCUCUAGCACAAUAUUUACUAGAUCCACAGACUACAUCGCAGUCCCCAAGGCUUCUUGCUGCUCUUGCACUUGGUGAUCUCUCCCAGCAUGAAGGACUUGCUAGAGCAACUGAUUCUGUAUCUGCCUGUCGAGCACUGAUAAGUUUGCUUGAAGAUCACCCAACGGAAGAGAUGACAAUGGUGGCCAUUUGUGCAUUGCAAAAUUUUGUCAUGCACAGCCGAACCAACAGGAGAGCUGUCGCAGAAGCAGGUGGAAUAUUACUAGUUCAAGAACUACUUCUGUCCCCUAAUUCAGAAAUUGUAGUCCAGGCAGCUCUGCUCAUAAGGUUUUUGUUCUCAAAUCAUACGCUUAAGGACUAUGCAUCAAAUGAACUUAUCAGAUCUUUGACAGCUGCGCUAGAGAAGGAAUUUUGUGCCACAGAAACUGCUAAUGAAGAGAUCUUGAAGAGCAUUUACAUUAUAUUUUCCAAUUUUCCCAAGCUCCAACUUUCUGAAGCUGGGACCCUUUGUAUCCCUUAUCUGGUGACAGCACUGAAAUCUGGCAGCGAGGCUGCUCAGGAUUCAGUGUUGACCACAUUGUGCUUACUCCAACAAUCCUGGUCAACCAUGCCAAUUGACGUCUCAAAAUCUCAAGCAAUGGUUGCAGCUGAAGCCAUUCCAAUCCUACAAAUGCUGAUAAAAACUUCCCCACCAGGUUUCCAUGAACGAGCAGACAGCCUGCUGCAUUGCUUACCAGGUUGUUUGACCGUCACCAUUAAGCGUGCAAACAAUCUAAGACAUGUCAUGGGAGGGACAAAUCCUUUUUGUCGAUUGACUAUCGCCAAUGGUCCGGCACGACAAACUAAGGUCGUUAGUCGCAGUACAUCCCCAGAAUGGAAUGAAGGAUUCACAUGGGCUUUUGACGUUCCACCAAAGGGACAAAAGUUGCAGAUCUCGUGCAAAGGCAAAACUACUUUUGGAAAGUCUACGCUUGGGAGUGUAACGAUCCAAAUUGAUAAAGUGGUAAAUGAAGGCAUACAGACUGAUACUUACAGCCUCAGUCAUGAACGCAACAAGGAUGGCUCAUCCCAGACUCUAGAGGUUGAGAUCACCUGGUCCAAUAGGACGUCCAAUGAAAGUGUUAAGUGAACCAAGACUGGUAUAAUGCAACUUGAUUCCCCAUUUACGGUGCUGGACCUGGCAACCAGUCAACAGAGCAUUAAGAAAAGUUAUACGAUCCCCUAACGAGCAACAAUUUGUUCACGUCCCAGGCUAAUGCAACAGCACAUCAACAUCUGCUGAAGGCUCAGUUUUGUAGUAUUGAAAGCAUUAAUGCCUCUGGUGCAAAAAACUUCCAGAUAGUUGUGAGGGCCAAAGAAGUCUGGGGAGAAGAAGUCCCCAUACUAGAAUGAUAGUCUUGUCUAUUUAAGCACCACACUGUACAGAUUCUUCUGUAGCUCU